CACAGCCACAUCGGUGGUGUGGGGUACACCGGCCAAUCCACUUCCAUCCCAGGGCCGGAGGGGCAGCUCCAGAAUCCCUCACAAGCUGGCCCGUUGAUGGGAAACAACAAAACCACCGGUAGCUGCUCCCCCUUUUAACAAUCUGUUAUUCCGCUCCUUUUUCUCCAUCAAAUUCUACGGUGACGACCUCAUCCUUAGUUUCACGUACUCCUGUAAGGGCAGAGAGUCCCACUAGCCCUGGUUCGCUCAAGAUGAAGGGAAAGCUCAUAGGCAGGGGUACAUUCGGGCAUGUUUAUGUUGGUUUUAACAGUGAAAGUGGGAAAAUAUGUGCAAUGAAGAAGGUUACACUCUUCUCUUAUGAUGCCAAGUCAAAAGAAAGUGCAAAGCAAUUGAUGCAGGAAAUAGCUCUCUUGAGUUGCUUGAGGCAUCAAAAUAUAGUGUAAUAUUAUGGGUCAGACACAUGAUAGCCGUAUGCCGAGGACAUGUCCAAUAUCUCCCAUUGGAAGCCCUCUCCUCCUCCCAAGAUCUCCUCAGCAUAUGAAUGGAAAUAUGUCCUCUUCUUCCAUAUCCAGUCCUCGAACUACUUCUGGGUUGUUGAUGCCUCUCAGCAAUGGCGCCGUCCCCUUUCAUCACCUCCAGCAGUACGCCUUCUAUCAUGAUGGCUUUGGAAGCACGCUGUGGUCUCUGAACAGCUUGUACCCUAAUGGCUCGACCUAUCAUGACCAAAAGCCCGACUUCUUCCGAGCAAUGCAACUGGGUGGCCCUCAUGCCUUCCGGGAACUAAUUGCUUCUGAAAACGACAUCCUUGGAAUGCCAUUUGGAAGGCCGGCCCAUGCUAGUGAUCCCUGGGAACUGUAUGAUGAGAUGCCAGUGUUGACUGAUCAUGUUCCUCAGUAGCACUUGAGGGAUCAUGUGAAGUCAAACCCUGCACUUGGACCUCAUCAGUCCAACAUUGCCAAUGCUUGGCUGAGCCAAUGGCAUCUGAUUUGACAUGG